GUUGAUUCUCAAGAUAGAAGAUUUGAAAGUAUGGAUGAUUCUUGCGAGCUUAAGAAGAUACAAAAGUUGUUUGAAGUCUCUCAACAAGCCAAUGGAAAUAGAAGGGAACUCAUAAGGUUCAUCCUUGAAGAGAGAUACCCCAAGGUAAGAGUUCAAGAUACGACGAAGGAAAAGAAUGUGAGCAAGCUAUCUCCCAUUCUCGAAUACGAAGAAUCCGGGGAAUGCUUUCCAUUCACGGAUGAGGACACUUGCCCAAAGGAGUUUAGUUUCUUUGAUCAUGAACAUUGUUUUUCGAAUAUGACUUUUGAAUCUCAAGCACCGGAUGAGGCAUCCGAGAGACUACAUGGUCUUCAUUUGGGACUUCACCACAAGUAUAAUUUAUAUGAAGAAUCAUCGGUGGAGAAUGGAGCUCUUACCGCUUGAUCUCAUGGAUUCAAGUCCGGCCAAAAGACUUUAAAAGAUGCGCUAGUUGGGAGGUAACCCAAUGAUUCGUUUUGCAUAUAUUUUCCUUUUUCUUUUUUUGAAUAAUUGAUUAAGUUGAGGAUUGGAAUUGCAUAGAUGAUGAUUGAUAGGACUUAGCCCUCACCUUGUCUCAUUUUCUGGAUGUUUGAUUGAUUUAGAUGAAUGAUUAAGCUUCACUUGUUGACUCGUGUUUAGUUGAUUUGAGUUGAUUAAGGAGAUUCUGAGGUUAUUCAUUUUCAUUGAACAAUAUCUCCCUCUAGGUCCUCCCUUCUUCCCAAGCUUUAGUUUCACUCAAGUGUGAGGGAGCUUAGAGAAUUGAUAAGAGUUAUUUGGAAGUUCUUUUUAUGGUAUGUGAUGUUUGGAUUGAUGGUUUGUGCAUAUUGUACUACUUGUUUUGAAGGAUAACUUACAAGAACAAGGGAAUGGCGCGUAGAGAGAGUUCUUCCAACAUAGAAAGUUCUUGAACUUCUUGUCCUCGCCAUGACCAUCGGAAGAAGAAAAUAAAAUUCGGAUCAAAGGAAGUAGUGGUUGAAGAACCGAAUCCACCAUCACUCUCUCCCCAUCUACCAAGGGAAAUUUAACAAGAAAGUCAAGCCAAUGUUAGAGGCGACAUGGAUCAUCUUACUCAUUUUUAUUUGGAAAAUGCCCCCAAGAAAUUUAAGACCAAAAUUCCUUGGCUUCAAGAACUUCCUCUUGGCGAGAGUACAUGUCUCAACUGGAUACUCUUUGCACAACUAGGGAUCGAGGACACAAUUCGUUCCAAGAUUCAGAAGUUGGAGUGGCUUAAAUUGUUAUCCAUUCAAGAGAACAUCUACAGGGUACUUAUUCUAGAAUUCAUUAGCACUCUUACCAUUCAAGAUAUGCGAGGUGUCGCUGACCUUCAAGACAACAUCCCAUUCAAACUAUGAGGAGAACAUUGCCAAAUGUCGAUCCGAGAGUUUACAAGAGCCAUGGAUAUUUACCCAGCGGAUUUCGUUUACUCACCGAAAGCGCUUUUGCUACCUUGACAAGUGAAUCCAACUUCCCAUGUUUCAUGCCUUUCUAUGAAUCCGAAUUUAAGAAGUCCAACAAUCGACCAUUGGAUCUCAAACUAUCGAAGGCUAGUGAGGUGAAACCAGACUGACGAUUAAUCCACCAUGUGAUUGCUAGGUCCGUGGGUGGAAAGAACCGAAGCAAGGGCAAUUAGACUGUCUGAGAGGUCAUUUUCUUCCACAAUAUGCAUCUUCCUCAAUCGUUUCACCACGAUUUGGUAAUUCUGUCCAUCUUCAAGUGAUAUGAAGCGGAUCAUCGACUCACUUCCCUUCAUGGAGGAGCUUAUGUCACUUGACUUGCAAAGUAUUUCGGAGUCGACUUCUUGGCUGUGCAAUUUUGGUUGGAUAGUAGGACUACUCCUAUAUCCUUUGAAAUCUUGAAUUCCAUAAUUAUAGUGUUACAUUUGAGUGAUGAUGGAGUUUAGGGAGUACGUGGACUUCCAUUUCCAGCCACUAAGACAUUGCAUAUGGAGGGUAUUGUGUUCCGUCUUCCGGAAGCCACCGCGGUAAGAGGACGAAAAGGGCUAGUCAAUGAGGAAGAACAAGUUGAAAGCAUGUAUGAUGGAGGAGAGGUGCAUCUAUCCACUUCUCAUCCGGUUCCCCCUCCACUCAACCAUGAAAGGGAUCUCUUAUUUGAAGAAAUGAUAGCGGCAAUCCUUCACAAUCAAAGGAGGGACAAGGAAGCGCGGCUCCAUAUCAUGGCAUGCAUCCAUGCUACAAUGAAGAUGAUGGAUAUCCCGAUUAAUGAUGUAUCGCCCCAAUUUGUUCCCUCGCCUUCCCCUUUGCCAUUCCAAGAAUAAGAAGAAUGAACCUCUAAGGAGGAUUAAGUACUAGGCAUCCAGGGCCUAAGUCCUAUCUUUUCUUUUUCUUUGCUCUUCUUUUCUUUUCCAUAAACAAUGUUUAAUUAU